GCAGCAGCAGAAGCAGCAUCAUCUUCGCAUCGCAUCUUCGGGCUGGCUUAAUUCCGAAAGUGUAUCUGUGAGCGUAGUUGCUCCCGUUCCGCCUCCGUAAUCGCAAGUGGCUUGUUGUUAUUGUCGCACUCGGUCGAUCUCUCUGUGUGCCUGUCUGUGUGGCGGCAGCCAGCGCUAGCGCCGUCGGCUCUUGAUUGGGCUUGUUUGAUUCCGAAACUGUAUCCCGUAGUUUCCCGCUAACGGCGAAAAUUCACACAACUCAUUGAUAUUUUAACCUCGUGUCCGCGUUGGCCGCCGCUCGACCAAGGUUCUGCCGCACAAAAUGCUCGUCUCCUUGGGCUCUCCGAAGCCUGGCUUCGUCGGACUAAAAGUGCUCCUCUAGCACGCAGCGAGCAGUCCGCCGUACAUAACACAUAAAAGUCAAACUCUUCGCGAAAGGCAGAACCCAAAAACCCUAACUGUAUAUAACCCACUGAAUUGGCAGCAAAAAAAAAAGUUAUCACCACUUCACCAACCAAAUCGUAAUCGCUAUCGUUAUCGCGAGACAAGAAAAAUAACAACAACAAAGUUAAAAGAUAAUAUACAGUGUGCAAAUCGAGGCAAACAAAAACUCCUAUUCUCUUGCUAAUGAAAUCGGAGCGCUUUUUUAUGAAUAAUUAGCCCCCCAAAAAACCCGUUUAGUCGCCGCAGAAAUUAGGCCCCCCCCCAUAAAGGUGACGACGACGACGAUCCAAGAAACUGGCAUCCAUCUCGCUGCCGCUGAUAUAUAACACCCCAAUAUACUCACAGGCGUAAAGUGCAAAAACGUAAAACCGCGAUAACACCCAUACACUCGCGAGCAGAGCGAAAAAUCCGAUCAGCAAAUAUAUCAACUUCACAGUAACGUCGGAAAGUCAGUGCAAGUCAGAGCUAAAUCGUCGAGCGUUCCGAAUAGUUGUGUCUAAACAAAUCGUCUUGAAAAUAUAAUCAGUUAUCAGUGAUCAACAUCGGUCUUCAGAAGUGUACAACUGCGAAAUAAUGUCAGCCUUCUGACAGUGUCCCCAAAAAAUAAUAAAGCCCACACACACAAAAGUUACAUAACGCGAAAAAUAAAUCCUAUUUUCGGAAGCGAAAUAUAAGCAAGAGGAGACCUAGCGAAACCCUACAAGUGACUUGUUAAUUGAGAAUGUCGCCAAUCUGACAGUGACUAAAUCAACACAACACAACAUAAUACAAAAAACACCCCAAAAAGAACUCAAAUCACUGUUUGAAAAUAUAAUAUAAAAAAAGAACAAAUAUCAGCGUCACAAGCAUUACAACAGCGAAAGAAAUAAUAUCAGCCAACAAGGAGUGCAGCCUGUGUUAUCAGUGAAGCAUAUGUAUAUACUUACAUAUAUAGUCGAUUCAAAGCGUAAACAACUGCUGUAUAAUGUUCACCGCCAUCUGACAGUGGUCUAAAAAACCAACAAAUAGAACUACUAACUAAUAGAGCGUCGAGGGAUCGCCGCUGAUAUAUAGACAACAAGUCUAACACGUGCCACGUGUGGGAUCUGUAUCGUACCACCCACCUUCCAUUCGCACUGCAGCAAGUAACGUGAAUUCAGCGAUAAAUGGAGAAAUCUGAAAUACGACUGCAGCGCAUGUCAAAUGAAUAUCAGUCGCAAUCGAGCUAUAUGUAUCUCCGGACCAAGAUGCUGUUAAAAAUCGAAAAUACCCUACUUCGAAGCCAUCGUCAGCGCGAGACCACCGGUAUCAAGAAACUAUACAAUUCGUUUUUCGUAUUGUUUUAAUUUGCCCCGCCCGGCCCCCGAUCCCCCUCCGAAGGCCCCAAGGACACAUUACGCACAACGCAACAAUUCCAAUUCCACUCAAUUGUGAGCCAAGCUAGAGAAAAGUUACAAAAAAAAA